AUGACUGACCACAGAAUAGAAUGGAUAAAAGAAAAAGUUCGUAUCUUUUUUGGCGAGUCGGAUGACACUCUUUUUAAUGACCUGCUCAAGCGAAGUGGAGUAGGCAUUUUGGAGAAAUUUAGAGCCUUCCUGGAUGAUGAUGUUCUUGACCCAAAUAUUUUGGAACAAAGAUUGUUGCUUAUUUAUAAGACUUACUAUGACAAAAUCGUUGAAGAAGAAGUGUUAGUUCCAGAAGUUGUAAAAAAACCUCCCAGUCUACCAGAGCCUCCCAUUCCAGAAGUUCAGGUUGAACAACCUGAUGUGACAAAACCUGAAGAAACAACAUUAAAAGGAAAGAAAGGAGGUAAAGGUGGGAAAGGCAAGAAGGGGAAAGAAAAAGAAGUCAAACAGGCAGAAGAAGAAGGAGAAGGAGAAGCAAAGGAGGAACAACAGGCAGACCAGGUCCAAGCUGAGGAGGAACAAAAGACAACAGAAAAAGGAGAGGAAGGUGCAGAAACAGUGGAAGCCAUUCCAGGUGGUACUGAUUUGCAAGAUCAAGCUCAGGGUACAAGUGAGGAACCUGAAAAUGGCACUCAACCUACAGAAGAUGUACCUCAAACAGAGGAACUUCAUAUUCAGCCAUCCGAAAUGACAGCCAGUGCAACCGAAUCUAGGGUGAAAUCAUCAGCUACCAGUACAACAUCAAAAGUUUCUCGCACUCACAAACGCCGUGCAAGUCCAUCUACACACUCAAUCUACGAUAUCUACUCUGAGUGCUGGGCCCAUUUUAGUUUGUGUGUCAUUGAAUCCCUGCUAGACUUGAAUCUUGAAGAGUAUGUCACUGGUUACCAAGUAGAAGAGGCACUUAGCAACAGGCAAAUAAAUGGUCAUAAACUGUCAAGGUUUCAGAUAAAGACCUUAUUUGAAGACCAAAUAUUUCUUUACCUCAGCAUCACAUUUUCUCCUACUCUGACAGCUGAAAUGUUUUCUCAAUUGUGUUGCUCUAAACCAUUUCUUCAGAAUUAUUCAUAUAUUGACUUUUGCUUACAACAGAGUUCUGUAUCAACACAACCACAAUACUUGAGCAGUCACAAAAAGGAAAUAAAUAUUUCUACUACAGAAAAGUUAACCGACCUGCAACUGAUAAUUACACCUCCUUCUGCAGAAGAAUACUUCCUAAACAGCCCUGUACUGAUCAUUGAUAAGCUUUCAUUGUUUGCUGUGCUAUCAGUGCUAGACUUAAAACUGAAAAUAAAUGGAUGGUAUCCUCUAAUGAAGGCUGCUUUAGCGUUAGUGAAGAAGAUUGUUGUGCCAGAACUUUAUUACUUAACAUGGUACCAUAUAUUACGAUAUUUACUUUGUGAACAGCUUUUCUUGAUGUGUACCAGUAAAGUACUGUUGUAUACUAAGUUGGUGGAGACUCUAGGUGAUGGUGGUGUAGCAGAUACAGAGCCAGGACCUCCAGUAGAAUAUGUACUUGUAAAGUACAUUAUAAAUAAACUGCUAUACUUCCUUUUGACAUGUAAAGCUUCCUCUGAUUUAAAUUGUGAUAUGAAACUUCCACAACAUGAUAUUGUAAUUUGCAUAUUCCUUUACACAAGUGUUGUUAAUCCAAAUUUUCUUGAUCUCCCAGUAGAUAGGGGCCUAUUAUGUGUCCCUUCUUCCAGCUCCAUUAAUCCAUCUUUAAUUCCUGGAGUCCUGCAGUUUAUUGUCUCCAAACCAAAAGUAAUAGGAGCAGUAGGUUUUUUAAGGUUUAUGCUACUGCCUGCGUAUACAAACUUAGUGUAUCAGGAUAUGAGUUUAGAAGUUAUGGGCAUAUCUCAUGCUUCCAAAUGCUUUUUUUUUUUUCUUGAUCAAAUAAUAAAAUCGUACUUGGAUAAUCAUACUUGGAUAAAAUCAUACUUGUGCAACCGCAAGCAGUGUGUAUCAUUAGGAAACUCAUACCAAUCAAAAACCAAACCCAUCAAAUAUGGAGUGCUGCCACAGGGUUUGGUAUUGAGGAGGAAGAAAAUAUUGUAUGCUGGCAACAUGACAAUACUUAAUAGUGACCAAAAUACUGAACAGCUUGAGAGAAGAGCAUACAUAUCUGCAAAUGUCACAGCUCAGUGGCUGUUGGAAAAUGAACUGAGGCUGGAAGAAAAAGAAUCUGCUAGAUUCUUAGGUAUUCUUGUGGAUGAUGAACUGAAAUGUCAUAUUCUUAAUGAUGCAGCUAUCACAGUAUUGAGACAAGAACCUUUUGUGUACAGAUUUCAAACCAGCUUGAUCCUGCUCCUUCAGGGCACCUAUUCUGAUAUGAGUGCUUGUGGAUGUGCAGCGUUUUCCCAUUAUACAGUCUUCAUGCUUGCACAACAUCUUGACAGGCAGUCAGUGACUGUUUUUGAUGCCAUAGGGACAGCUGGAAAAAAAGGUGAAAGGUUGCCAGGUGCCCUCGAAGAAUUGCUGGAGUUCCACCCCUAUUCCCAUCUGACUUGCAUCAACUGUACCUUUUUUGACCCUACUGUGUGUAUACCUUUGAGCAGAUUUGUUAAUGGUGCCAGCAGUGUUGCGGUAGGAGAUUGUUGCACCUGCCAAUUAUUGUUCUGCCUGCCAUACAUAACAUGUGGUAUAGGAUACCUGACUGGGAUUGCCCUUGAAUUUAAUACUGGUAAUCACUACACAGCCUCCAUGUACCAUCACACUUCUGCAUCAUCCAUGACCUUAGCCUGUCCCACAGAAGAAAUGCCUGGGAAUUCAUUGAGAUUGUGGCGGAACUCUUCAUCGCGGCUAGUCAUUGAAUCUGCUUCCAGGAUAGACUCAGACUUAUGGUGCCACCUGUGUGUCAUUUCCUGCAUGUUAAACAUAUUCCCGUGUCCAGUAUUCUCUUCUGGAACCACUGUCAGUGAACUCAAGGAGAUGUACCUAUUUGAGAUGAGUGAUGGAGGAGGUUGUCAAAUGAGUUUGAAUACUGAUAUGGAGCUAUGCAUUUGUGUGCCUUAUGUCCAAACCUCUGGUAGAACCAGCACCAGUGAUUCUUACCCUUUUGUAGCCUUGUUGCCUUGCCAUUGCCAGCUGCUGACUUUUACAUCUGAUGCAUCAAUGAGCAGAAACAGCUUCACAUGCAAGCUUGAAAAGAACAUCAAGAUAGGCGUAAAAGUGAACCAGACUUUUUUGAAGCACAUCAUAAAUAAAGCAGUGGACAAUGGAAAAAAAUUCACAAUCGUGGGUUUCGGUUGUAAAAUAUUAACAUUGAUGAGUAAUCAGCCUUCACAAAAUAUUACCUUCUUUGCACUGGGAACCAGUAAGAUAUUAAAUUUCUUAAAGCAUGAUGAAGAAAUAGAAGAAAUUUACAUAGUCCUACUAAAAGCAGCUGCUCAUGGCACAGAUUCAUUAUUAUAUCUUGUCAUGUGUGACCUCCUUGAAAUUGCCUUGUCCUAUAUUUCUAUUCAACGAGGCAGUCUACUAUGCAGUCACCCUGAAACUAUGUCAGUGUGCCCUAGUGAUCGAUUUACAGAUAAGAGGGUACUUUCGUGGUCAUUUGACUUCAGUUCUAUUGAAGACAUAUGGGAUAGCGUUAAGGGUGUAUGGGAUGGCACCAAGAGGAAAAUAUUCUACAUAAGAAACACACCAGUAACCAAUCUCGAUAACCUUUUUGUGAACAAUAGGCUACUGAAUAGUUGGAAAGGAGUAUCCUGUGAAUAUUGUUUUAAGAAACAAAAACAGUCACAUUCCAACCAAUUGGAGAAGCAUAUAGAACAGUGUUUCAAGUGCCCUCAAAAUUUGAAAAAAGUGCUUGAGUUAGGUACAAUGAUUGAGAACAACUUCUUAAUUUUUUUACUUCUUGAACUUGGUUACCCAGCUGCUGAAGAAGUAGUGUUGCAAAGCACCUUUUCCAAUACAAAAUAUAAACUUAAAAUUGUUUUUAUAAGGACCACUUAUCAGUUAAUCUCUAAGAUGCAUAAAUGCCUGGGAAUUUAUGAGUUUUGGGCAUUUUCCACCAAUAAGUGUGUUGAAUGCUGUUUCUGCUCAUUGCUGAGAAUAUGCAGUGCAGACUUCGCAGCAAUCGGUUGCCUAUCUAGUUCAUCAGACAAAGUCCUGUCAUAUAUUCUAUCAAAGCCGCUUGAGGUGCUGACUCACAAAAGGUGUAUGAGGUACCACCUGGCACUGUUCUUCAUCAUACAAUCUAGACUUCAUGAGCUACACAUGUAUUGUGAGAACUUUUGGACAACAUCUUGUAUGAACUUGCAGCUAGACAUAAUGAAAUGGUACUGCAUGUGCCUACAAGAGCUGGACAGUAAUUGUCCACAUCUAUGCACUCUCCACACCAUGCCUCAAGACCCAGGACACAAAAUAGCAAGGCCAAAUAUUUUAAUCCAGAGUGGACCUGUGUGCUCUGGACGUGCUAACAGACAGAGCUAUAAGAAUCUGAAAGUGGGAGUGAAAUGCCCAGGUAAAGAGUGCAGUUUAGUGACUUGUUUGAAUGAUAUAAAAAUGAAUUUCAGCGUGUGUUUUGUGAUUCAACUUCAGUGGAUUAGGGCAAGAUCAAGCAGUGUGCCUGUUUCCCUGAUAUCUGCAGUAGAAGAUUUGAGAAAAACUGUAGCUGACAAAAUCAAAAGAUUUUGUUUGUACACCAAGACAGAUAAGCUAGAAUCAGUCCAUUUCGAUUGUCAAGUCACCUUGAGUGCUCAGACAAAUGGUGAAUUCUUUGCAGAGAGGAUAUUGCAUAACAAUAUGGAUAUUUUUGAUACAGAGCAGACCUUUGGAAAAAUUUUAUUACACUUAACCACCAAAAUUUUUUGUGAAAACCUACAGUUGUCAUUAUCCACUUUAAACAUUUCAACAUAUGACCGAUACAGAAGGAGGAAAAAAUGCUGCAGGAAAAUGAAUUUCACUGUCCUCAGUUGUUUUCUCAAGGAACACACCUCAUUUGCAUUCAGAAGUGUACAUUUAUGGUGUCAGUUAAUUACAAAAUUUAUUUUGGUGAACAUGAGGAAAAAAUAUUUCUUGAGAGUCAAUAUAAGAACAAUAAAAAUUGAGAAUUAUCACUCAUCUAACAUAUUGGAUACAGUACACAGAUUCAAACUUAAACAACGUCAGCAAACUGAACUGUAUCUUAUUGUGCAGGAUCACACCAAUGUUAAUUAUGCUCCUCUGAUAGGUGGAGGUACAAUUGCUAUUGGUACUUCAUCAAGACCACUUGACAUUUUAUUGUUUAAUGAUUUAAUUUUACUUAUAAUUUCAUUGGGGUUUGUUUCAUACACAUACAUAGAAGCAGUCGAGAUCACUGACUUGCUGGAGAAACUUGGGACUUGUUUUUGCAUAGUCUGUGAAUUCUUGGGUUACUCUAUGUUUCUUACAAGAUUACUGCAGAAAUCUGUUUCUCUCACUGGAAAUUUUUAUGCCUUUAGUUACCCAUUGCUUAUUAUUGUUAGGUUUUACUGUUUUUACUACUUUUGGAAAUGCUACAUUAAAAUAGUUAAGAAAGAUGCUCUGAAAACUCAUUUACAUGCUAUCAACAUUGUUCUGAGUGGCGAUGCUUUCCCAGUUGUCCUUCAUCACAGCUGUGCUAACAAUAAAAUUGUGGAACGUAUUGUGAAAGCACCAUCACUGGAAGCAAUAUUUGGCUCACCACCUCCUGUGGGAUGUGUUGUCCGAGGACAGCGCUUAUUAUAUUUCUUACGGCAAUUUGAAGAGAGUAUUCCUGCCUGUAAAACAAAAGAGGAAGCUGAUUGUGAAAUGACACACCAUGUAAUAGUGGGUAAUUGUAACUGGGCACAACCUCUUGGCUCUGCUUCCCAGCUGCUGCACAAAUUAACACAAAAUAUUAUGAAACUUGCUGAUAGUGGGUCUAAGCACAUUAUUCUCAGUUCAGAAGAGAUAAUAUGGAUUGAACCUACACUCAGACCUGAUUCUUGGAUGUUUGAUUUUCACACAAAUGAAAGUAUAUGUGGUCGUUCAAGUCCCAACAAGAGAGGGAAUAAUUCAAUUAAGAGUUCACUGUUUGUCUUGCUCUCCACAAAGAAAGAGAAUAUACACUUAAUUGGCAUAAUACCAAAGAGUGAUGUCACACAAGCCAGCACUGCAGAAGAGAACAUGUCUCAGUGGGGGCUGACGACAGAUCUGGUUGUUCCAGUUAGCAGCAUUGUUUGGCUAGAGAGCCUGCCAGGACUUCUGGUGGUGAUGCAGCAUGAUGGUCAGGGGGCAUUUGAAGUGUCUGUCCUGUCAGGAGGCCCCUGCAGCUCACUGUGCACUCCUUGGACUCUGCCAUGUGUCUUAAUUGUGUCUUACACCAAUCUUCUACUGAAUACAGAUUCUUCCCUCAUACUCUCUAAGAGGCACUCUUUGUUCGUGUCAUUGUUUUUGUUUGUGUCAUUGUUAUCUCCAUUAUCUCUGUCAAAGCAGCAUGGAGAAGGAACAGUGCUAGCGGCCAAUUGGAUUCAAAAUCCCUUAGAAGAGGUGUCAAAUAUUCCACAAGGCAAUUUUCGGACCAAUUUAUCCAUAGUUUUUGACGUUGCAGUGAGGUCUUUCUGCAACAGUUCCAGCAGCCACUGCCUCUGUGUUGAUCUGGCUGAAUCCGCAGAUGUGGUAGGGGAAGUAGAAUCUGUUUGCUGGGUUGAAGUCAUCACUGCCGGUUGUGUGUCAAAGAGCAAAAAAGAUACAUGCAAGAAUGUAAACAAUGAUAAACAACUGGAUAAUCAUUUUUACAAUUGUCCUCAUUUGAUUGCUAAUGUCAAAAGAAGAGUUAACACUAAGGUGGUUGCAUCGUUUAGUAGCUUGGAGAGAUUAAAGCUCUCCUCCAGCACCCACACAUUGCAACAAAGAGAAAUUCAGCAGCACAGCACAAUGUUACUGCAUGGCAGGACCCUGAAAGUAAUAAACUUCAAGAACAGUGAUUGGAAACUAAUUAUGAAUUAUUAUAAGUUAGUGGUUGAUUAUUAUCCUCGCAAGUUGAAAACGGCAAAACUGAAUAAAUUUGAUACUGCAGAUGGUGGAUGGUCACCAAGGUUUUGUAUAUUUGAUACAAUUGUGACUUGUACUUCUUGCCUACCGUACCCACUAGAAUUGGCUCUACAAGUUUGCAUUUUAGGUGGACACAUAUCUUUAAAUCUUUUGGUUACUACCUUAUUUUUCCCAGGACUACUGACUGUGCAUUUUAACCCAUCAUGCCAUUACCAACUUUUCUUACAGAAUCUCUUUAUCUAUCUAGUGGCUGUUAUUGAAAACCAUAUGAUGUUGUGUCCUGUUAAUUACAUGAAAGUCUACUAUAGUAUUCCUAAAUUUCCAGAAGAUUCCAUUUGGCUAGCACUUUUUGUGUCACUACAAAAUCUGCUUUUGUUUUACACUGAAGAACCAAAGAAACUGGUAGUGAAGCCUCUAUCUUCAGUUCAGUUCUGGGAGCCCAGUGUGCAUGGAACAGUACCAAAACAAACAGUAUCUAGAGCUGAUGGCAAAGGUACUGCAGCAGCAGCAGCUUUCAAGUGGCCGUCAGAUUAUAGACGCAUGUCACUUGCCUUAAGGAAAGGUACUAGAUACCACGAAGGAGAAAGCCCCACACCAUCUGAACCUGAUAAACUGCAACAUGGACGAAGUUCUCCACUACACUCAGAGCCUUCAUCUGGCACUGCUGCAGACACACUACUUGGAAAUGUGUCCAAGUGGUUUCAGUUGUCCAGACUAGAUUUACAAAACCUCACUAUCAAAUUUGAGUGUAUAAGUGAACUUUUCGAGUUGAUAUCACAGCGUUUAUUUUACAAAAUAAUUGUUGCAGAAUUUGUUUCCUCCAAAAAUACCUCUAGUUCAUAUAGCUUGUUCAUCAUUCCUACUGAUAUUUUGUCUAUGUUUAGAUGCAUUAUAAAGUUAUUUUUACAAACUAAAUCAAGCAAAAAAUCUUUAAUUAGUCUUACACGUUUUGGCUUUCCGUCAUUUUUCAAAGGCAGUGUUAUGUCAAUUACUUCUGCUUUCAUUAACAAGAAAUAUCUGACUGAAUCCCUGCAGAAGCCAGCACCCUUUUGCCAGUUUGGUGAAAUACAGCAAUCACAACAGUGUGGAGAAUUUUUUUAUGACACUGGCUUCAUGUCUGUCUAUGUUAUUAGCACCUCCUGUGAAAACAACAUGGUCACUACUUGUGAUAUUGGAGCAUUCUUUUUUAAUGCUCUCAGUGUUUUUCCACUGCUUAAAAGUUUUUCAUCAUUCGUUCAUCAUACGCCUUUGAAAAACUAUUAUUACAUGUGGCUUGAAGGGCCUCAAGAUUAUUACAUAAGCUUAAAGACAGAUGAAUGUGACUGUAAAAGGGAUGCCAGAGAUUAUAUUCAUUCAAACGUAAUGAAUGACAUUCGUGUACUGACAGUCACAUGUGACAUAGUAAUUAUGGACUAUUUACAAAGUAAGAAUAUAAACUUGUGUAACCAUCUUUGGUUUUCUAUAUCAAAACAGUUAAAGAGCCUGAAAGCUGAGAGAAAAUCAUUUAAAACAAAAAGAAGACAAACAAACAAACAAACAAACAAAUGCUACAGUUUAUUUAAUGUCAUUCCUACAAAAAAUUUAUGUUCUCCGAACGACCUCCUUCAAGAUGAUAAAGAGUAUAGGACGUUAAAGGGAAAGUAUAUAAAGUCAACCAUAGGGGGAAGUUUCUGCUUUGACAAAAUUUUGCUUCCUAUUGAACAACUAGAUGUUAGGGGGCAAGUAACCAAAGACCUUAGUAAACUGGAGGAACAUGACAGUAUGGACAGCAAGCAUGUGCAUAUUAUAUUGCUCAUAAGGAAAAAUGUGGAAGGAAAAAGAGAAGAUGAAGUAGAAGCAAAAAGAGAAACAAAGCCAAAGUCUGGGGUCAAGCAAAAUGUUAUUGUAAUUUGUAGUGUUAGUGGGCUUGUAGCGUCAUUGCUUGUGAAGCCAAAAUUUUUGGGACUAAGAUGGCUAAGGAUUUACACUGAUACACCUCACAUCCAAUUAAUUUCAAUUAUACUGAAUCACAAACAUGGUGUCAAAUUUAAAAUUACAAUAAAUGAGCCAAGUUCAGAUGUAAAUAUUGAAAAAGGGUCAUUUCAGAAAUUCUUCUUUCCAGCACCAUAUCGGUUCAGGAAAGGGACAAAAUAUGAGGCUGAACUUCAACAAAAUUCAUCUAUACGCUAUGAUCACAACAUUGUACAGGUUGCUGAAGCUAUAACUUCAAGACAAGCAAGAAUGACAACUGAUAAAUUAAUGCUGAAGUUCCAACUAGCCAUGCAAACCAUGAGAUAUCUGACUGCAAAAAGGAAAAAACGACUUCAAAUGUUUUUCUUUGCAGGUUUUUUGAGAAGUUGUAUAGGACUUGAAAGCAAGAGGUUCCUUGUGUUAAGAAAGGUUCACACAUUGGGAUUUACUCGUUUUCACCACACCCUUGUCGAAGAGCUUCUCAAACAUGGGACAAUAGUUUCCAAUAUGCAUAUUAUCAGUGUUCUUGGUCAAACAACACCAGGGCAUGAGUUGUUGAUUGGGCAACAUCCUGUUUCUCGGAUGGACCAAAUGGAUGUUGCCUUCACUACUGCCAAGAACAGCCUUACCAACAAUGCACUUCUGGCUCACCCAGCAUGUGAUGCCCAGCUGGAAAUGUUAGUCAAUGCCAGCCAGUAUGCAUUAGGUGCAGCCUUGUUAGUCAAUGGCAGCCAGUAUGCAUUAGGCCAGUAUCAGGCUUGUUACCCGGCACAGCAUGUGGCUGAGACUACUGCAGCUGCACCUGCACCUGCAGUAAUGUUGGCCACCAGCAUAUUCAUGCUCCUGUUGGAUGAGCUGCACUCCCAUAUUGCAAACAUCCAUCCUAAAGCUAGGUCUCAACCUCCAUUGGUUCAUACAGACUUUGCCACUGUCAUGCUCAUAAUGGUCUACAUUGAAGGUGGUGACCUGAAUGACAUAUUGUGUAGCAUCGUCAGUGCUCACCUGUGCUAUGGUAAAUGCUGUGAUUUCAGUGGUCAUUCGAGCAGUGGAUUGUGCUUUGACUACAGUUGUCACUUGUGCUGCAGAUUGUUUCCUGUCUCAUCUGUGAAUGAUUGGGCACUUGGUGUCUUUCAGCAGUAUUCUGCAAAGAGACACCAUUUAGUACUUAAUGAGUGUUAUGUAUGUUCCAGGACACUGAAACAUAUUGAGGCUGACAUCCAGUUACAUGUGCCAGAAAUACCAGAACUCCGUGAUCCUAAUUGUAAUUUUACAGUCUUGGCAAUGGAUAGCCAGAUAGUAGAACAACUUGAAGAAGUUGUUAUGGCCUGGGAAAGACAUAUUACUAAUGUUACAGAAACAUUUCUUGCUAAGAAACCAGCAGAUGAAGGGCCUAUCGCAGAAUAUGAGUGUUGGCACGAGCGUGAGACUGGUCUUAGUAUACUGGUAGAACAACUGAACACUCCCAGUGUGCUUCAGGUUCUGCAGCUGUUGCAAGCAGGAGGUUCUCAAAUAGGGGCUGGAUUUGACCAAUAUAAGGCUGAUCUUGUUCGUUACUAUGAUCAGGCUCAUGAUAACGUCAAAUUUCUGUCCACACUUCUCAGGCAUUUUAAGAUGAUAAAUCAUUGCGAGACAUUUGGCCCAGUGCGUGACACACUUCCAGGCCUCAUGGAGGGGCUACAUACAGUGUGGGUUCUCUCACAUUUUUACUGCACUGAUGAGCAAAUGGUUCCCCUCUUUGAGAGAAUUGCCUGGGUACUCCGGAAAAAAGUUAGUUCAGUACUUGAUGUUCACACACUCUUCAAGCAAUCCCUAAAACAAAUUUUAUUUACCAUAAAUGAAGCAAUUGAGAUGCUUGAAAAAUGGAAAAGUUCAUAUUUUGAAAUGCAGCUAAAAAUUGAACUUUCUGGUAAAGGUCAAAGAUGGGAAUUUGACAAGAAGAAACUUUUUAAGGCAACUGACUACAUGGCUUCUGUCUGUAGAGAUCUUUACCAGUUUGCCAAGGUGUUGCAAGAUUUUCAGAACAUUUAUGGUCCAGAGCUGAAGUCUAUUAUCAGUGAUCCUGCACAAAUUGAUGCAGUCGUGAAACGUGUUGAAGCACUUGUGGUACCAAUUGAGGAAGUUGACUUCGAUAUAUUUAGUGAUAAGAAUGAAGUUAACUGGCAAGACAUAAUGAGUAGUUUCUAUAAGGAGGUAGAGCUACUGGAAAAUGAAGCAAAAUAUUUCAUUGAUGAAUGCUUCAAGAUUCUGAGAUCUUCAGAUGAUGCAUUAGAUAUGCUGCUGAAAUUUAAGCACAUAGAAACGAGAGAAGCCAUUCAGAAGCAGCUAAUGUUGAAAUUUGAUCAUAUAAUGCGGCAGUUUAAUAAAGAAAUAUCUGCUGUGGAAGUUGAGUUUACGCGUGGACGCAGACAUCCUCCUUUGCUGAGAAACCACCCUCCUGUAGGUGGGGCCAUAUACUGGGAGAGAUUUCUCUUCAAUACACUGAAGAAAUCUGUGCUAACGUUUCAAAAAGUAGAGGAUCUCAAAAAUUCAUCUGUCAAGGAUAGUGCGUUUGCUAGUUACUUAAACAUUGCCAGACAGAUGAAAGCAUUUGAAGAGACAAAGUUUGAACAAUGGAAGGCAAGUGUCAUACCAAAUAUAUCUACAUUGAUGAAGAAGAAUGUCCUCAAAAUUGUUUCAAAAGAUCCAGAAAAGGAGGAAGAAGAAAUGUUAGCUGCUGCAUAUACGCAGAAAAAAGUAAGUGGUCAAUCUGGUGCCAUGGUUGGCUGUACUGAAGCUAGCUCUGUGGAAACAGCAUCCACUGCUAGCCCCAGUCCAGGUAGCAGUAGAAUCAAAGGAAGUGUUCGCCGCUCAGGUCCUGGAAUGGCAGCUGCUGGAGUGGCACUAAAAUGGGUAGCCAAGCAUAAAUCAGGUGCUACAAGCAGCAGAGGUGACACAACAUCUCCUGGUCAACAGGCCCCUACAAUUUCUGAGGUUGAGGAAGUAGGUAUUCUUGCUAAACGUGGUCUACGAUUUGCUCCAAAUCUUGAUCCGUACCUCACUGACAUCAUAGCAGAAGCAGAACUGAUGGGUCAGUUGGGUCUACCACUCCCCCCACAAGUUCGCGACUUGGCUGCACAGAAGGAAAGACUGCAGACUGAUCUGGAAUAUGUCACGAGAGUUGCUGAUGAAUAUGGACGUUUAGUUGACAGCUUAACAGCACCAGAGGUGCAUUUUCUUCGAGACCAUCUACAUGAAGCUGAAAGUCACAUACUGCCUGGGGCAGUCCGUCUAAACUGGAUGUCAUUGGGCAUACCACAGUAUGCAGAUGAUUGUCAGAGCGCUUUGCGCACGCUUGAAUCAAUGGUGUACCAAGUGCGGAAAGUUGGCAAUGAACUGCGUGUACGCACUCAACAACUUGAGAGUUACAACUUAUUCCAAGCCACUUUGCCUGACAUGUCAGACCCUGAUACUGUUGAAAGGCUUACCUGUAAGAAGUUCUUUGUUGAAAUGGAAAAAAAGCGCACCGAGCAGGCUCAGAAGAUGCAAGAGGUAUAUGGAAGUACUGGACCAGUAAUGAUGAAACUUGAAAGUGUUGUCCUGCAAACAAGUACUGGCUGUUGCCCUCUUAUGAUACCUUACUAUGAGUUCUGGGAACAUGAGAUUUUCAUUUCACUUGUAAGGCUUGUGGUGCACAACUUAGAGAGCUUCAGAGCAAUGCUUUCUGGGAAUGUAGCUUUCCUACAAGUGGACACCAUGCUUGCUGUGCCUGAAGUGGUGCUUAGACCACGACCCACAGCUAUACUGAACAUAAUUUUGCACAGCGUUAGAAGUUCUCUUGAUAAGUUGAUGUUGUUACCACGAUGGAAGAGGCAGACAUGCAUUGAGUGUCCACCUGUAAGAGAUGCAGCUACGGGAAAAGAGUAUUUGUAUUCAUUUUAUGAAGAUGUAACAAGGAUACAAGUUGUUGUUGACUUGGUACUGUCAGUACAAGACACAGUAACAAGUGUCAUCGCAGAGUUGGCACAAUAUCUUACUAGGUGGCGAAAAUUCAGAAAGCUUUGGAUGUUUGAUAAGACUCUAACAAAUGAAAGGUUUGCUGCCAACAACCCUACAUUACUUGCUUAUGAUGAAAAAUUUGGAUAUUAUACUCGUGUCAUAAAUGAAAUUCAAGAUAUUCAGCCAUAUGUAGAUAUUAAAAGUAUGAGGAUAAACUUGAAACCUAUCAUAAACGCAGUCAUCCAUCAUGCAACUGAGUGGAAGGCUCAACUUGGGCAAAUACUAGCAAAGAAGACAAAGUCCAAUAUGCAAGCUUUCAGAGAUAGAAUGAUUGAUGUGAAGACAAAGCUAGAGCAAAAAAUUAUUUCAUUAGAAACCUUCAAAGAUGUAUUGCAGGCAAUAACUACAAUACAGAGAACAUCCAUUCAAGCAGAAAUAGACUACUGUGAAAUGCAAGAGACAUAUCGUACAUUGCACUUACAUCAAAUUGAGUAUCCUCACGAGGAUGAAAUAGAAGCACAUCAGCUGCAGAAGGAAUGGGAAGAACUGUAUUUGGCAUCAAUUAGACGUACAUACAAUCUGGAGUCAACGAAAGCACGUUUUGCUACAAUGUCACAGAAACAGAUUGAUGACUUUGCUCAGCGGUGUGAGGCAUUUGCAUGUCGAUUUCAAGCAGAAGGUCCUGGUUCUGUAGAAAGAGAUCUUGAUCGUGGUUUAGAACUUGUUGAUGAAUAUUCUCCCCAGUUUGCUGAGCUUGAUGAACAGCGUCUUGAAUUCAUGAACACAGAAAUGCUAUUCGAUUUGCCUCCAGCUGACUACUCAGCCUUCGUUGAAGCAAAGACAGAAAUGGAGGGACUGGAGAUGAUAUAUGAUUUAUACAGAUCACAGAAGACUGCUCGUGAGGCAUGGGCAAAGACACUGUGGGUAAACUUGAACCCACAAGUUCUUCUUGAUGGAACUGAGGCAUUCAUGAAAGAAUUCCGCAAAUUGCCACCAAAUGUCAAGAAAUUACCUGUUGGACAGGAGUUGAAUCUUAUUCUGAAGCAGUUUAAAAAUUCUAUACCACUUUUUGUUGAACUGAAAAAUGAGGCACUUCGUGAGCGUCACUGGAAUGAACUUAUGGAUAAAACUGGACAGCAUUUUGACAUGGCUGCAGAUCGCUUCACUUUGGAGAACAUGUUUGCCAUGGAACUUCAUAAAUACCAAGAUAUUGCUGAAGAGAUUAUCAACAAUGCAGUGAAGGAAUUGUCGAUAGAGAAGGGUGUGCGUGAGGUGUCAGAAGUUUGGAGUUCUCUGAAUUUCAUUGUCAUCCAACAUACUAAAGGUGGUGAAGAUCGUGGUUACAUACUUGGACCUGUUGAAGAAGUGGUUCAGGUGCUCGAAGAUAACACUAUGAAUCUGCAAAGUAUGGCUGCAUCACAAUUUGUUGGGCCAUUCCUACCAACUGUGCAAAAGUGGGAAAAGGAUUUAAGUACAGUUAGUGAUGUUAUGGAUGAAUGGUUCCUAGUGCAGAGAAAAUGGUUAUACUUGGAAGGGAUAUUUGUUGGUGGUGACAUUCGUACUCAGCUCCCAGAAGAAGCACGAAAAUUUGAUGAGAUUGACAAGACCUUUCGCAAGAUAAUGCUUGAAACAGCGAAGAAACCACUUGUAAUUGAAUGUUGCCUGGUGGAAGGGCGAUUGGCUGUACUGCAGGGUUUGAGUGCUGGUCUUGAACGUUGCCAAAAGUCACUCAAUGAUUUCUUGGACUCUAAAAGAAAUGCAUUUUCUCGAUUUUAUUUUGUAUCAGAUGAUGAACUUCUCUCCAUUCUUGGAAGCAGUUCACCAGAUUGUGUUCAAGAACACAUGGUUAAAAUGUUUGAUAAUAUUGCCAGUCUUAAUUUGGAACCAAAUCAGAAUAAUAUAAUAGUAGCAUCUGCUAUGAUCUCGUGUGAGAAUGAAAUUAUGGACUUUCGUGACCCUGUAAUGACGUCAGGGCAUGUUGAGAUAUGGAUGACAAGUAUGCUAGGAGAAAUGCGUCGAACAAACCGGUACAUAACCAAAAAAGCUAUAUAUGACUAUGGGAAGGUCAGGCGACCAAGAACAAACUGGAUGUUAGAUUAUUUAGGAAUGGUGUGUCUUGCUGCAAAUCAAGUAUGGUGGACAGCUGAGGUGGAAAAUGUGUUUAAAAAAAUAAAAGAGGGUAAAAAGAGGUCAAUGAAGGAGUAUCUUGAACAACAAAAUAGGCAGCUUGAUGAAUUGGUUGUCAGAGUCAGGGGAAAUUUGUCCAAAAAUGAUCGCAAGAAAUUCAAUACUGUGCUCAUUAUUGAUGUUCAUGCACGUGAUAUCAUUGAAACAUUUGUAAGAGACAGCAUUAUGGAUGAACAGGAAUUUGAAUGGGAAAGCCAACUGAGAUUUUAUUGGGUGAAAUCAGUGGAUAACUUGGUGGUCAGACAAUGCACAGGGAGCUUUGACUAUGGUUAUGAAUAUAUGGGGCUAAAUGGCAGACUUGUCAUUACACCUCUUACAGAUCGUAUCUAUCUCACAUUUACACAAGCCCUCUCCAUGCAGCUGGGUGGAGCACCAGCAGGUCCUGCAGGGACAGGAAAAACUGAAACAACUAAGGACUUGGCAAAAGCACUUGGGCUCUUGUGCAUAGUCACAAAUUGUGGUGAAGGUAUGGAUUUCAAAGCAGUGGGCACUAUAUUAGCUGGUCUCUCUCAGAGUGGUGCCUGGGGAUGCUUUGAUGAAUUCAACCGAAUAAAUAUUUCUGUCUUGUCGGUAAUAUCAACACAACUUCAGACUAUCCGUAGUGCUCUGCUCAAGAAGAUGACACAGUUCAAUUUUGAAGGAAAAGAAAUAUCUCUGGAUAACAAGGUUGGUGUAUUCAUUACAAUGAAUCCUGGGUAUGCAGGUCGCACUGAAUUACCUGAAUCAGUAAAGGCUUUAUUCCGUCCUGUGGUAUGCAUUGUUCCUGAUUUGGAGCUGAUCUGCCUAAUUAUGCUAUUCUCUGAAGGAUUUUUGAGGGCAAAGGUUUUGGCAAAGAAGAUGACUGUUUUGUAUAAAUUGGCUCGUGAACAGUUGUCAAAGCAGUUCCACUAUGAUUUUGGACUACGUGCUCUCAAAUCUGUGCUUGUUAUGGCUGGAGAACUCAAAAGAGGGUCACCUGAAUUAGAAGAAGAUGUUGUGUUGAUGCGUGCUUUAAGGGAUAUGAACUUACCAAAAUUUGUAUUUGAUGAUGUACCAUUAUUUCUUGGACUGAUUGAUGACCUGUUCCGUGGUAUUGAUGCCCACAAAGUUCCACGAGUUGAGUAUCCAGAGUUUGGGGCAGCAGUCAAGCAAGUUCUACAGGAGCAACGAUAUAUUGUUCUGCCAGAGCAGGUGAACAAAGUGAUACAGUUGUAUGAAACAAUGAUGACACGUCAUUCAACAAUGAUAGUUGGUCCAACAGGAGGUGGAAAGACUGUUGUGAUUCAUGCUCUUACACGAGCACAAACUACAAUGGGCCUCCCGACAAAAUUAUUUAUCCUAAAUCCUAAGGCAAUAUCUGUCAUUGAACUGUAUGGAAUUUUGGAUCCAGCAACGCGUGACUGGACAGAUGGUCUUCUGUCAAAUAUCUUUCGUGAAAUCAAUAAGCCUCUACCCACAGACCAACAGGAGAGACGCUACAUAUUAUUUGAUGGUGAUGUAGAUGCUUUGUGGAUUGAGAACAUGAAUUCAGUUAUGGAUGACAACAAGUUAUUGACUCUCGCUAAUGGAGAGCGGGUCCGUCUACAACCACAUUGUGCUUUGUUGUUUGAGGUGGGAGAUCUUCAGUAUGCAUCCCCAGCAACUGUGUCACGUGCUGGUAUGGUUUACGUGGACCCAAAAAAUCUUGGUUACCAACCAUACUGGUCACGCUGGUUGUCAAUGAGGACAGACGCAAAACAAAAAUUGGCUCUGAAUGAAUUAUUUGAGCGGUAUGUGCCUGAUGGACUUCGGUUCAUACAUGAAGGAGUAUUUGGUUAUGACCAAUUUGCACCUCUGAAGACAAUGAUACCACAGACACCAUUGAAUAUGGUCGUCCAGCUUUGCUAUGUUCUUGAGGCACUUAUUCCAGUCCCAGAUGAGACUCAUCCACCUGUAAUGGAGGAACUCCUUGAGAGUUUAUUUAUAGAAGCUCUGUAUUGUUCACUUGGUGCAACCCUACUUGCUGAAGGAAUGGAGCAAUUUGAUGAUUAUGUGAAGAAACAGUCAGGAAUACUAACACUUGAAGAUACAGAGCAGAAGAGGGCACCCACAAGAUACUUGCCCAUUGGCCAUCCAACACUAUAUGAGUACUUCGUGGAUGUGGAGAAAGAUGAGUGGGUGGCUUGGGAAUGGGUGGUGCCAAUAUACGAACAUGAUCCUGAAAAAAAGUUCAGUGAGAUUCUGGUUCCCACUACAGAUUCAGUGCGCACCACUUGGCUUCUGACACUUAUGAAUGAUGUGAAGAGACCGGUAGUGCUUAUUGGAGAAACUGGAACAUCAAAAACAGCAGUAAUUCAAGAUUUCUUGAGGCAGCUAAAUCCUGAGACAUAUCUGGUGCUAAAUGUUAACUUUUCUUCUCGCACAACUUCAAUGGAUGUGCAAGGUAAUAUUGAAGCGUCAUUGGAAAAAAGAACAAAAGAUACAUAUGGACCACCAAGGGGGAAGAAAUUGGUCAUUUUCAUUGACGAUUUAAAUAUGCCACAGGUUGAUGAAUACGGUACUCAGCAACCAAUAGCAUUACUGAAACUGUUAUUUGAAAGAGGAGGAUUUUAUGAUCGAGGAAAAGAACUCAACUGGAAAGAACUAAAGGAUCUUGGGUAUCUGGCUGCAAUGGGAAAGGCUGGAGGUGGUCGUAAUGAAGUGGACCCUCGUUUUAUUUCAAUGUUCAGUGCAUUCAGCAUGAUCUUUCCAUCUGAUGCGACACUAUAUCGAAUCUAUUACUCAAUAUUGGCAGGGCAUACUGAGCCUUUCACAGAUGAAGUUCAAAAAGUAGUACCUGACAUCAUGAAGCUAACACUUGAUCUCUACAAGGUAAUAAUUGUUAAACUGCCACCAACGCCAUCGAAGUUCCACUAUAUCUUCAAUUUGCGUGACCUUUCUCGAAUAUGUGCCGGUCUCUGCUUGACAUCUGCAAGUUACUUCAAAUCUCCAGAGUUAUUUGUGAGAGUCUGGAGAAAUGAGUUCCAGAGAGUGAUCUGUGACAGAUUAAUCUGUGAUGAGGAUAAAACAGUAAUUGCUGAGCACAUAUCAGCAGGCUUGAAACGAUAUUUCCCUGACUAUGCUCAAACUGUUAUGGAGGAACCUCUUCUAUUUGGGGACUACCGAAAUGCCAUAAGUGAAGAUGAGCAGAGGGUUUAUGAAGACCUGCUUGACUAUGAAGCUAUCUAUCGAAUAUUUAAAGAGAUUCUUGAUGAAUACAAUGAACGCCUCAGCCGCAUGGAACUGGUACUAUUUGAUGAUGCACUUGAACACCUUACGCGUGUCCAUAGGGUGCUACGCAUGCACAAGGGGCAUGUUAUGCUUGUUGGAGUGGGUGGAAGUGGAAAACAAAGUAUUGUAAGACUGGCAGCUUUCACUGCAGGUUGUGAUGUGUUUAUGAUCACACUGAGCAGAGGCUACAAUGAAACAAGCUUCAAAGAAGACCUAAAACAACUGUACUAUCUUUUAGGAGUGGAGAAGAAACCUACUGUAUUCUUGUUUACAGCUGCACAGGUAGCUGAAGAAGGGUUUUUGGAACUGAUUAACAAUAUUUUAAUGGUUGGUAUUGUACCUACAUUAUUUACUGAUGAAGAUAAGGACCAAAUCGUUGGACAGUGUCGAAAUGCAGCAAAGAAUGCAGGAUAUGGAAUUACCAAGGAAAAUGUGUGGAACUAUUUUACAGCAGUUUGUGCUGAAAACUUGCAUGUGGCAUUAUCAAUGUCUCCUGCAGGAGAUAUUCUUCGUAACAGGUGUCGGAACUUCCCUGGGCUUGUCAAUAAUACUUGCAUAGACUGGUUGUUCCCAUGGCCACGUCAAGCUUUGGUUGCAGUUGCAAGUGUUUAUUUAAUGGAGAAUGAAAAAAUACCACAGAAUUAUCGUGAGAACAUUGUAGAGCAUGCUGUGUAUGUACAUCAAACAGUUGUGGAAUACACGACAGAAUUCCUGCUUACUCUCCGUCGAAGGAAUUAUGUCACUCCCAAACACUAUCUUGACUUCCUCAAUACAUACCUUAGAUUGCUUGAGGAAAAAAAUAACUUCAUUCUUGCACAGUGUCAGCGUCUGGAAGUAGGGCUAGAUAAAAUAAGAGAAGCCCAGGAGCAGCUAGGAGAGCUUAAUGCAAAACUAGCUGUACAGGAAGUAGCUGUGUCAGAGAAAACAGCUGCUUGUGAGGCUCUGCUCACAGAAAUCAAGGAGGCAACGGCGCUGGCCAGCAGUAAGAAGGAAAUUGCUGAGGCAAAAGGUCGUGAGAUUGAAGAACAGGCAAAAGUCAUUCAGGCAGAGAAGGAAGAAGCAGAGGAAGUUCUGAAGGCAGCAAUGCCAGCACUAGAAGCUGCUCGUCUUGCCUUAGCUGAUUUAGAUAAAUCUGAUAUCACUGAGAUCAGGGCAUUUGCAUCACCCCCAGAACCAGUACAAACCAUCUGUGAAUGUGUGAGUAUUCUUCUUGGAGCGCGUGAAGUGAGCUGGAAGGCAGCCAAAGCUGUAAUGGCUGACCCAAAUUUCCUACGCACUCUGCAGGAAAUGAACUGUGAUCUCAUUACAAAUACUCAGAUACGUGGGGUCAAGACCCAUAUGAAGAAAUCUACCAAAUUGGGUGAAAUGGCAUCUAUCAGUAAGGCUGGAUAUGGCUUGUUGAAGUUUGUGCAGGCAGUUCUUGGUUACUGUGCUGUGUACCGAGAAGUAAAGCCAAAGAAGGAGAGAGUGGCACAGCUAGAGCAAGAGUUUGACAAGGCUAAACGAGACCUGGACAGACUGACUAAGGAGAUCCAGAAGUUUGAAGAAAUGCUCAACAAACUGGGUCAAAAAUAUAGUGAUGCAAUGCAAGAUCGCCAAAUCCUACAAGAGGAAACAGAUAUUAUGCAGAGAAGACUAAUAGCUGCAGACAAACUGAUUUCUGGUCUCGGCUCUGAGAACAUCAGGUGGAAACGGGAUUUGGCAAAUCUCCACAUCGAAAGAGAACGACUUGUUGGCAACUGCCUGCUGAGCUCCUCAUUCUUGUGCUAUACUGCUCCAUUCAGCUGGGAAUUCCGACGUCGCAUGGUGUAUGAUGAUUGGUUAGCAGAUCUGAGGCAGCGGGAGAUACCACUUGCAGAUGUGUUUAAAGUGGAAGCACACCUUUCAGAUGAUGUCGAAAUUAGCAAAUGGACAUCUGAGGGCCUUCCACCAGAUGAAUUGUCAGUACAGAAUGGCAUUCUUACAACACGUGCAAGUCGUUUUCCGCUUUGUAUUGACCCUCAGCAGCAGGCACUUACUUGGAUCAAGAAGAGAGAAGAAAAAAGUAAUCUGAAAAUACUAACAUUCAAUGAUGCAGAUUUUCUGAAGCAACUUGAAAUGGCCAUAAAAUAUGGAUUUCCUAUUCUGUUUCAAGAUGUGGAUGACUACAUUGAUCCAGUUAUUGACAAUGUCAUUGAGAAGAAUAUUAAAUCUCAAAGUGGACGAACGUUUGUAAUGUUGGGAGACAAAGAAGUGGACUAUGAUCCUAAGUUCAGGCUUUAUCUCACAACUAAACUGUCCAAUCCUGCAUUCAACCCUGCUGUUUAUGCCAAAGCUGCUGUCAUCAACUACACUGUAACAGUCUCGGGUUUGGAAGACCAGCUAUUGAGUGUUGUGGUACGUUGUGAGCGAGCUGAUUUGGAAGAGCAACGAGAAAUCCUCAUACAAGAAACCAGUGAAAAUAAAAAUCUGCUUAAGACACUUGAGGAUUCUCUCCUCAGGGAGCUGACAACUUCUACUGGCAACAUGUUGGACAACACAGAAUUGGUACAAACCCUGGAGGACACCAAAACCAAGGCUGCUGAGGUUACAGCUAAACUCGCUUUGGCAGCCACUACAGGAAUAGAUAUAGACCGUCUGCGUGAUGGCUAUAGGCCCGUGGCACGAAGAGGGGCCAUUCUUUUCUUUGUACUUUCUGACAUGGCAGGAGUCAACCCUAUGUACCAAUAUUCACUCACAGCUUACUUAGGAGUUUUCUUGUAUUCUCUACGUAAAGCCAUGCCAGAUACUGUACAAGCAAAAAGACUUGAAAAUAUCAUAAAUACACAUACUAAAAAUGUCUAUGAUUAUGGUUGCACAGGUAUUUUUGAGAAACAUAAACUGCUUUUCUCAUUUCAAAUGACAACAAAACUACAACAGAGUGAUGGGAUAGUUAGUCAAAUGCAACUUGACUUCUUUAUCAAGGGCAGUGUCAGCCUGGAGAAAUCAGCAAGAGCAUGUCCUGCAGCUUGGCUUCCUUCUCAGGGCUGGGAAGACAUCGUGAAGCUGUCUACAUCAUUUCCAGAAGCAUUUGCAACUCUUCCAGAUGACAUUGAGAGUAAUGUGGAAACAUGGAAGGAGUGGUUUGAUCUUGAUGCACCAGAAUCUGUGGACUUUCCUUGUGAAUAUCAUCAAAAGCUUAAUAGUUUUGAGAUCCUUAUGCUAGUCCGUUGCUUCCGUGUUGAUCGUGUGUUCAGAGCAGUCACAGAUUAUAUUGCAUCAACCAUGGGUGAAGGCUUCAUUACACCUCCAGUCAUCAGCUUGGAUGCAAUUUAUGAUCAGAGCCUUCCUAAUAUGCCAGUUAUUUUCAUACUGAGUCCUGGUUCAGAUCCAACCAGUGAGUUAAUGAAGUUGGCAGACCGUUGUGGAAGUGGAGGUGGAAAGUUUAAGUAUUUAUCCCUGGGCCAGGGUCAGGAACCUGCAGCUGUUUCUUUAUUGGAGACAGCAGUGUCAAGAGGUCAGUGGCUAAUGUUGCAAAACUGCCACUUACUAGUGACUUUCCUGAGAGAUUUAGAGAAAAUGUUGGAUAGCAUGGAACGUCCUCACCCAGAUUUUCGUCUGUGGCUUACCACAGACCCAACUCCUACUUUUCCAGUGGGUAUGCUACAGAGAUCACUUAAAGUGGUGACAGAGCCUCCGUAUGGACUCAAACUGAAUCUACGCAACACUUACUUCAAGAUGCGAACACAAAGCCUUGAGUCCUGUGAACACCCAGCUUUCAAGUCUUUAGUAUAUGUGCUGGCAUUUUUUCAUGCUGUGGUGCAGGAAAGGCGAAAGUAUGACAAAAUUGGCUGGAAUAUUAGUUAUGAUUUCAAUGAAUCAGACUUCAAUGUGUGUAUGCAAAUUCUUGAUACAUAUCUAACAAAGACUUUAGUCACCAAAGACACAAGAAUUCCAUGGAGAAGUUUGAAGUACUUAGUGGGAGAGGUAAUGUAUGGCGGAAGAGUCAUAGAUGAUUAUGAUCGUCGUAUUGUACGAACCUAUAUGGAUGAAUAUAUGGGAGAUUUCCUUUUUGAAACAUUUGAUAUUUUUUACUUUUACCAUGAUGAGUCUGUGGAGUAUAUUAUACCACCAGAGGGAACCAAAGAUGACUAUAUUGAAUAUAUUGACCAGCUGCCCUUGGUGAAUAGUCCAGAUGUGUUUGGUCUACAUCCAAAUGCAGAAAUUGGUUAUUACACUCAAGCUGCCAAACUAAUGUGGUCUCAUCUCAUAGAACUACAACCUCAAGCUGGACCUGCUGGAGGUGGGGUCAGCAGAGAGGAAUUUAUUGAUGGAAUAGCUCAAGACAUUCUGAAGAAGAUCCCAACACUGUUCAAGAUUCAACAGAUUCGCCAGAAAUUUUAUUCUAAGAUGACACCUAUCAUUAUUGUACUCAUACAGGAGCUGGAGAGAUUUAACAAUUUGCUGGAGAGCAUGAAGAGGACACUGUCAUUGUUACGAAAGGCAUUGGCAGGGGAGAUAGGCAUGGAUGCCACAUUAGACAAUGUGGCAUACAGUCUUUUCAAUGGCCAGUUACCAAAUGUGUGGAGGAAACUCAUUCCAGCUACAACAAAGAAUCUUGGAGGCUGGAUGGAUCAUUUUGAAAGACGUGUGAAACAGUACUUCUACUGGGCAAGUUACAGUGACCUGAAAAUAAUGUGGUUGUCAGGGCUGCAUAUACCAGAAUCAUACCUCACAGCACUGGUGCAAACAACAUGCCGCAAGAAUCGUUGGCCACUAGACAGAUCUGCUUUAGCAACAUCAGUAUCUGAUUAUGCUUCAAGGCUGGCUAUUAAGCAGAUUGAAGAUCUCCCAGAUAAUAGCUGGUUGAUAGAGGGUCUUUACCUUGAAGGAGCCCACUGGGAUAUGAAGAAUCGCUGUUUGGCUAGACCUUUACCAAAGGUUCUUGUGGAAGAGCUACCACUGCUGGAAGUUCGUCCUAUAGAGCUACAUAGACUAAAACAACAGAAUACAUUUAAAACACCUGUGUAUACAACUCCACAACGGAGAAAUGCCAUGGGUGUUGGACUUGUCUUUGAAGCAGCCCUUGCAACGGAUGAACAUGAAUCUCACUGGGUACUGCAGGGUGUAUGCCUUACUCUGAACACUGAUUAACUGCAUUACCUAUAAGGUUGCAUUUAGGGUGUGUUACAGAAGAUGCACCAAUUCCUACUACAUAAGAAACAAUUCUUUUUCAUAAUUUGUUUAAUGUUGUAUUAUAUUGUGAAGUAUAUCUUAUAAAAUAUGAGAUAUUUUUGUAAGUGCUUUUGUUAAUAAAUAAAUAAAUAUUUCUUUUAGCUUCAAU